UUUUAUUUGUGUUAAGUUCUCCAGUGUGGCUCAUCAUGCAAUACUUGAAGCAAUUCUACCAGUCUUCGAACACAAACUGUUUCAGAGAGAAGGGAGACACUUACUCUGAGAGAAAUAUCCAUUAAAUUCUGUUCUUUAUGUAUGAGAGUAGAUCCAGACCACUCCAACUCCGGUUCUUUUUUGUAAAUGGGGAAAAUAUGGUAACCUACAGACUGUUCCUAACAGAAGGAGGAAAACUCUAACUAGUCACAAAUGCUUCUCGUCAGAAUGAAAUUCCUAGAGCUACUGCCCAGGAAACUGGGGAAACUGGAAAUGCUUUUUCAAAUACCUUUUUGCCAAAAGCGAUUCCCAUAUAUGUGUCUGGCUACAUCCACGUGUCUUUAUAGCAAGAAGAAAAAAGUGAACAGUUAUGAACAAGUUGACCAAGAAAAAUACAAGAACUUGGUCUACUCUGUUACAUCUUACAAAACCAGUGCCCAAACACCAGAGACAAUAUUUGAAGAAGACAAUAUGUUAUAUGGGCCACCGGAUAAACACAGACCUUCAGUUAAAGCUGAAUCAAAAACUCCCAAGAACUGGGUUCCUUUAAUAAACCCCAACAAGAGAAUUCCCCUUCUCAACAGUGAUUCGAACCGCCCCAUGAAAAUCGCUUUACAAAAAACAAAAAUGCCCAGUGUUACCCGUAUUCUUCAACAGACUCUUUCUCCACAGCAAGCCUUUUAUCUAGAAAGAUGGAAGCAGAAAAUGAUACUGGAACUUGGAAAAGAUGGUUUUGCGGAGUAUACUAAAAAUCUCUUCCUCCAAGGAGAGCUCUUUCAUGCAGCUUUGGAAUCUAUAUUCCUGUCUGAAGAGGUGGAAACUAAGGAGCAGAGAGAAGAUGUUGCUAUUUCCGGCUACUUAUCAAGCGCACAACAUGUCUUAAAAGAUAUCAGCGAAGUGAAAGCUCUGGAAAGUGCGGUCCGAAAAAUUCAGUAUCUGGGCCUGGUAGACUGCGUGGCUAAGUAUCGAGGCCAGUUGUGUGUGAUUGACUGGAAGACUUCAGAGAAACCAAAGCCAUAUCUGAAGAAUACUUUUGACAACCCCUUACAGGUUGCAGCAUAUAUUGGAGCCAUAAAUCACGAUGCCAAUUACGACUUCCAGGUUAGCUGUGGACUCAUUGUGGUUGCCUAUAAGAAUGGCUCCCCUGCGCAUCCGCAUUUCAUGGAUCCCGAUCUGUGCUCGCAGUACUGGAAUAAGUGGCUUUUGCGCCUUGAAGAGUACAUGGACAGAAACUGACCCAAACUAAGCUAUGCAGAGACAAGUGGCUUUGGAGCACAGAGCCAAAGCAAGAAUCCUUUGUUGAAAUAUUUCAUUUCAAUACAUAUUCUUUUUUGAGUAACUUUGGCUAAUUUCUUAAUAUCAGGGGUUCCCCCCCC